GGAAAAAGAUCGGAAUUCCGGCGGGAAUAUAGGCCGCCAAAGUAGGACCUCGCAAAAGGCGGCUACCAAAACGCUCCGUUGCCUUUCCUUUCCCCACUUCCCCGGCUCCUGCCUCCCGCCGCCGACACCACCAAAAACCCUAGCAGCUCCACCCCGCCGCCGCCGCCGCCGCCAUGGAUGACCCUCGGAUGUUCCCAUCAGGAUCCGACGACCGCUCCGACGCCGAACGCCGGCUGUACAACCCGUACCAGGACCUCAACAUGCCCUACAGCUACCGGACGCUCUACGACCUCCCCACUUCGCCGGAGUUCCUCUUCCAGGAGGAGGCCCUGGCGCAACGACGCUCGUGGGGUGAGAACCUCACUUUCUAUACGGGCGUCGGGUACCUCUCCGGCGCCGUUGGCGGCGCCGUCCUGGGCCUCCGCGACGCCGCCAGGGGCGCUGAGCCCGGGGAGACCGCCAAGAUCCGCGCCAACCGCGUGCUCAACGCCUGCGGCAGCUCUGGCCGCCGCGUCGGGAAUACGCUGGGCGUCAUUGGCCUCAUGUACGCCGGGAUCGAGAGCGCCAUGGUCGCGGCCCGUGACCGCGACGACUGGAUGAACAGCGUCGCCGCUGGGCUUGGCACGGGCACGCUCUUCCGCGCCGCCAACGGGCCGCGAUCCGCCGCCGUCGCAGGCGCCCUCGGUGGGAUCCUAGCCGCCGCCGCCGCGGGGGGCAAGCAGCUAGCCAAGAGAUACGUGAAUGUCAUAUGAUCGUGUUUUUUUUGUGGUAGCAAUGAUGAGCGAACAAUGAUAUCGUCUAGUGCUCUAGUAGGGAAGGGGUUUGCCUUUUCUGAAAACUAGCUGAGGGCUUGUUCGGUUCUACCCCAAUCCAUAUGGAUUGAGGGGUCAAAAUCACCUCCAAUCCAUAUCAAUCCCCUCCAAUCCAUAUGGAUUGAAAAUAACCGAACAAGCCCUGAAUGGGAAAUUUUGAGCUUGCAUUGGAAUUGCAAUGCAACAUCGUGCUUCAAGAUGCUUUAGUUCUGCUUUGUCCUUAUAUGUUAAGGGCUAGAUGAAGGUAUUUUUAUCUCCUUGUUUGGAUGCACAUGUAUUGUCGUCAAUCCAUUUCAUGUUCUCAAUCCAUACAUAGAAAAGUGGAUUAGGGUGAACGUUAGUUUAAAUUCUAACUAAAUCCACUUCUCACACAUAUGGAUUGCUAAACAUGCCCUUAGAGUGUGUGUGUGUGUGUGUGUUGUGGUGAUGUGUGGAGUGAAAUUCUCUGAGAUUUGACACUGCACCCUUAAGUUUAGUGCCUUUGAGAUAAGCAAUCUAUAUUGCUCAUUGCUCCGA